AUGCUACGCCAACACUCAACGAGGUCUUCGACACCGGCCUCAACAGGGAAACCUGGCCAUCCCUGGCCAUCCCUCCCCACGGAAAUUCGCAUCAUGAUUCUGGAAGCGAUUGCACAACAAAAGCAUCCGGGUUGGGCUUCGUUUGCAUCGGUCUGCAAGGAAUGGCAAAUCGUCCUUGCUCGCCGAAAUUUCCACCGGCUGACGUUACGGGUGCCCUGUCUGGAUGGCCUUGAGCAUCUAAUCGUUCAGCAACAACACCUCGUUCAGCAUAUCCGUUUCGAAAUUGAACUUCCGCCCUACUCAUGCUACCGUUGCUCCAUGCAUGAUGGGCCAACUAUGGUAAACUACAACAACGCCAUUGUCAGCAAGGGCAUCCUAAACCUAUUCCGCAUCCUUAGCUCCUGGGACUCGAGAGGGCAACCACGUCCAGAAUGCGGCCUCUCACUAGAGCUCAACGUACAUUGUCCCAGCGACUCAAAAUACUGGUUCAAAAACUGUCAAUUUGCCCUUGAUGAUGGUGAAGGCGACGGAAAAAAAGACGACGCCAUCUGGCAUGAUCCACCACACGGCUGGGUCAAGGGUCAGCAAGUCGCCGCGCCCCCCGCAUUGGCCGUCCUACGGCUCUUCGAAGACAUCCGUCUCCAGUGCGUCGAGGGCCUUCCUGAAGUCAAAAGCGUCACUUCUCUCAAGAUUGGUCGGCAGCUACGGCGCCGGUUUUAUCUCAGUGACCUCGAAGCCCUGUUGGGCAAGCUGAGUGCGUUGGAACAUCUACUCCUAGAGCCAUGGCGGGAAUGGGAAAAUGGUGAGAGUACGAUGCAAGAUACCGCAUAUCAACACCUUGUCAAAGACUACCUUCCUCAAACGCUGAGGAGAAUUUCCGUGUUUGAAGACUCCGACCACAGUCUCGCUGUAUUACUAGCCAAUUCCUACAAUGCCCCAACUUGGCGGAGGCAAAUAUCGGCCGCCCGGAACGCGGAUCCCGGAGUCGGCGCGGCCUUUGCGUUGAGAAGCCUGAGCCUUGAAUAUCUCUCUGUUUCUUACAUGGUAAACGCUGAGGACUUCCUACGUGCUUGCCAGACUACUUGGAUAUGGCACCGCCUAGAGUUCCUAGCGCUCACAUCACACCUCCUCCGAAAGGAUGUAAUGGUGUGGGAUCACCAUGACAAGAUAAAUGAUUUCCUCUACGAAGCAGCAAAAGUAGCACUACGAAUGCCAAACUUAAAGGCAUUGGCGCUAUGGAACGGUGGGAGGGGCGUGGCCACUGCGUUCAUAUAUCACACCGACCGGAACUAUGCAUACAUUACCUGGCGGGGCACAUGGGAUGUAACUCUUAGCCCUCGGGUGGUCGACUUGUGGGAGCAGGUGGCUGUUCAGCGGAAUCAGUCCCUUCCACUGCUCGUCCGAAGGGAGCAAAUCUCGGAGACCAUUGCAUCCCAUGGAGAUGCCAUACAUCAUCUGCACUUGCCGUGCCCAGUAGUUUCGCCGUCAUCCCUCCGGCAAAUACGGGUCGAAGGAAGACAUCGACUCACAAAAAAGAAAACAACCUAA